ACUUUCUGAUGUUGCGCGACGGGAAAUGUUUUGAAUAGGAGCGACAUGGCAGCGCGCAUUGAUCGCCACGACUGACACGCACCCAGAGAACAACAAGUCAAACAAGAGCUUCUGCUCGUUUCGGAGCGCGCAACUUCACCGGACCCCACACUCACAUGCCUCGAGCGAACUCGCCAAAGUUUCCACGCAACUGAUUUUCGGGAAGGACGGUCUUCAGCGCGACUCACGGCAUCAAGGUGGAGGUCAGGCAGGUCUCAAGGCGACCAUGGUCCAGACGUUUCUUCCGAUCUCCCAGGCCGAGACGCACUCUGACAACAAUUGGUGACUUACAUGACUUCUAAAUCGACUGACCAGUGAUCGCUGGAAGCUGGGGAUUGAGAGUUUCAGUUUUUAACCCCACACGCUGACAUGGAGGGCUUUCUACGUAGCAGCUUUUUACUGAGCAGAGUCAUGUCUUCCAAGCAAGCCACCUCUCCCUUCACCUCUGCGGUCGAUGGAGAAGACGCCAUAAACCAGGAGCACUUGUCCUGGGAAAAGGAAGAAAGUGCUGAGGCCCACUGCACGCCGCAGCUGCCCUUGCACAAUCCGCACCAUGGGAAAGCCCACCCUGAGGAGCUGCAGCCGCUGAGCAGUGUGCCUCCAGAAAGCGACUGGGAGAGUUUGGUGUCUGCUCAGCAACGCAUGGAAUCCGACAGCAAUAAAGUAUGCUCCCUCUACUCCUUCCGGAACAAUUCGACGUCCCCACACAAGCCCGAGGAGGGGGCCCGGGAGCGAAGUGACCUGCUGAGCGGAUCAGCGUUUGGAACUCCUGAGCGCCGCAAAGGAAGCCUGGCAGAUGUCGUCGACACUCUCAAGCAGAAGAAGCUGGAGGAGAUGACAAAGACAGAGCAAGACGAAUCCUCCUGUAUGGAGAAGCUGCUUUCAAAAGACUGGAAAGAAAAGAUGGAGAGGCUCAACACCAACGAACUUCUGGCAGAAGUGAAAGGUACUCCAGAAAGCCUGGCAGAGAAGGAACACCAGCUCUCCACCAUGAUCAGCCAGCUCAUCAGCCUGCGAGAGCAGCUCCUGGCUGCUCACGAUGAGCAGAAGAAACUCGCUGCCUCACAGAUGGAGAAACAGAGGCAGCAAAUGGAGCUGGCCCGACAGCAGCAGGAGCAGCAGAUUGCAAGGCAACAGCAGCAGCUUCUACAGCAGCAACACAAAAUCAACCUCCUUCAGCAGCAGAUCCAGCAGGUCCAGGGUCACAUGCCUCCGCUCAUGAUCCCCAUUUUUCCACACGACCAGCGCACUCUGGCAGCAGCAGCCGCCGCCCAGCAAGGCUUUCUCUUCCCCCCAGGAAUGUCUUAUAAGCCAGGUGAUAACUACCCGGUGCAGUUCAUUCCCUCCACGAUGGCAGCAGCGGCAGCGUCGGGCCUCAGCCCCCUCCAGCUCCAGCAACUGUAUGCCGCCCAGCUUGCCAGCAUGCAAGUCUCUCCCGGAGCCAAAAUGCCUCCACUUACCCAGCCGCUCAACGCAAGUGGCCCAAUUUCUCCAUCGUCUCUCAAGAACGACAAGAGUUCCUCCAGCCCCAUCAUACAAGUAAAGGAGGAGGGAACGCAGCCUCUCAACCUCUCCGCUCGGCCCAAGACCACAGAGCUUGUCAAAUCCCCCACAUCCCCCACACAGAACCCCUUCUCCGGGUGCAAAAGCAGCCCAAACAGCCUUCUUGGCAAAGGUGGAAUCCCAAGCCCGCUCGGGAGCGCCCUGGGCAGGGGCUCCUCACUAGACAUCCUCUCCAGCCUAAACUCGACCGCAUUGUUCGGGGACCAGGACACAGUAUUGAAGGCCAUCCAGGAGGCUCGGAAAAUGAGGGAGCAGAUCCAGAGGGAGCAGCUGCAACACCACCAGCAGGGGAUGGAUGCAAAGCUGGCUGCUCUCACGUCAGUUGGACUCAACAACUGCAGAAACGACAAGGAAAGAGCGCACUUUGAAAGCAUCGGGAAUCACCUCAGCAAACUCGGCGAGGAAGGAAAGCUCGGCCACCGAGUUAUUGACCUCACCAGGCCGGAGGACCUUGACGGGUCCAAGGAAGUGAAUGGCUCUGCAGAUAAACCCCAACCCUAUUAUUGUUGGCCAACAGGAGGCGCUGGAUCUACUGAGGCAAGAGUCUUCAGGGAAACCAGAGGACGGAACAACAACGAACCCCACAUUAAAAGGCCAAUGAACGCUUUCAUGGUGUGGGCCAAAGACGAGAGACGAAAGAUCUUGCAGGCCUUCCCUGACAUGCAUAAUUCCAACAUUAGCAAGAUCCUGGGUUCUCGGUGGAAAGCCAUGUCUAACCAGGACAAGCAGCCUUACUACGAGGAGCAGGCGCGUUUGAGCAAGCUGCACUUAGAGAAGUACCCAAACUACAAGUACAAGCCCCGGCCCAAGAGAACCUGCAUCAUCGACGGCAAAAAGCUUCGCAUCGGAGAGUAUAAGCAGAUGAUGCGUUCCCGGCGUCAGGAGAUGAGGCAGUUCUUCACAGUGGGGCAGUCACCACAGAUCCCAAUCUCCACCAGCGCCAGUAUGGUCUACCCCGGAGCCAUGUCCAUGGCCACCACCACACCAUCACCGCAGAUGACCUCGGAGUGCUCCAGCGCUUCAGUGAGUCCGGAGCCCACCAUCCCUGUCAUUCAGAGCAACUACAACAUGAAGAUGGAGCCCAACACCUUAGCGAACAACAGCGAGCCGAUCAACGGCGAGGAUGAAAUGGACAUGUACGAGGACUUUGAGGACGAACCCAAAUCAGACUAUAGCAGUGAAAAUGACACGCAGGAACCAGUGAGUGCCAACUGAGGAAGCGAGCGGAGGCGCAGCAGUCACCACAGGAGGACUUUCAGGGGAGGGGGCUGGUCCGAGGAGAGCCUCGCCGUCGGUUAUAAACAUUUUCAUAAAGUGGCUAGAGAAACACUAUUUCAUUCAUGAGGCAGCAUGCAGCUGUGGUUUCAUGACGGCGCUUUGGUCUUAAGUGUUUCCACAACACAGCAACGAUUUCAUCCUCUUUUUGUUCUUUACAUUAUCGAAGCAAGAUAGCUAGACAACUAGACACAACUUGAAACUGAGCAUUUAGCAGUCGCAUUUAAAUAUCCACGGUUGGCGUGACUGCUUCAAAUGGGAGUUGUCCUUUUACUCAGGUAAAGAGCGCUAGCUAACAGCUUGUGAAUGUUUUCAUCAGGAGUAUUAUACAACCAGAUCAAAAUACCUGAAUUGCAACCGAAUGAACGGGCGACACGAGGAAACAUAUUUAUUGUGUUGUUUUUUUUCUUUUAAUAAUGUAGGUUGUAGUGCCAAAAAAGUUGUUUUGUGAGGUCCUUUCAGAGAAUCUUUGUAAGUCUUAGACAAUCUUUUGAGCUCUUAAUACCGAUUCCGAACCCUGUUUUCCCCCAAACCAGAUCAACAAAUCAAACCUUGGAACACUGAAGGAACAGACUCCUUGGAAGUGGGAUUUUUCGGCGACAGCUUGUCGUGCUUGUUGUUCAUCCCGAAAUGCAGCAACCAUCAACGCAGCUGGCCGGUCCCUUCUUACUCCCAGUGCGACCACCCAGUCUGACUCACCAAAUUCUUAAUUCUAAAUCUGAGCGAUUGUAAUCAGGCCAGGAUGAACAAAUCUGUGGGAUUGGAACAGGCGGCAAACCGCAGCUUUGGUGGCAUUACAAUCUUUUCGAAUUGAUGUUGUACAAUGUGCAGCUACAGGAGAUUUUGUUAAACACUUUAGCCCUAUUUGGAUGACACAUUCUUAAGUCUUAAAAAGUUUAUUUUUCCCUCCAAAUCUUAAUUCUCUUCAGACAUUGCAAAUCUUAAACGGACACUAAGAAGUCUUAAAGACGUAUUGGGUCGAGGCAAAGAGUUGAUUGCUACUGUCGUCUUAAAAGGAACUUCAGUCUUCCCAGAAACACAUCGUGAUGUAGGUCUGUUGUCGUAAGAUGAAUAGCCAAAAUCUGGCUCCUUCAUACUGAAACGUCAAGAGCGUGUCCAGCUUGACGCUAACAUUUCCGCUUGAUAAAGUGAAGAAUUUAUGAUGUCCACUAUUUUUCUUGAACAAAUUCCGAUCAGAAGUAUUAUUUAAAAGGCAUAGAAGGAUCUGCCGCUUCUUGCCAUGCCCUGCUUUGACCCCGGCCCGUGGCAACCUCAGCACCCAGGGGGCACCAUCUGCCUCAAAGCACUAGAAAACACCAGGGAAGAAGGACAAACAAUAAAAUUUGGGGUGUGUGUCCCUCAUUGUGCUCUCCAUCAAAGUGCUGGAAGUGAGGAUUCCACAGAACUCCCACCCCGACCCACUCACCAGGCGCUGGCGAGCAGAUGGAACGAGUACAUCAAGCUGUGGGGGAUUAUUAAAAUGACUGACGACUGGAUAUCAUCUGAAAUACACCAUUAUUAAUGCAUGAGUCCAGCUAUUGCGCCUCGCUGCCCUUGAAUUCGGCCAUUUCAAACAAAAAGAGUUUUCGUUCUACCGGCCUGGCCAUUUGAUGGUUGCUACAUUGUGGUACAGACAAAAUCCAAGGAUUCAUUUCAGUGUUUUACCAAGCAUCACUGGCUCGUCUUACUUCCAACUUUUCUUUUUUGUGAGGCUUCGUCACCUCUUUGUAAUUUCAUCUGUUCUACAUUACUGUCAUUUCGAGGCAUGUUACGGAGGCUCUCCCUCAAACAAGUGGCUCUCCCUACUUACUGGGCUCCUGUUUGCUGUCAGUAGGAUCGAUUUGUAUGUGAUUGUAAAUAGUUUUAUGACAGUGCCGCACAGAAUCAGCGCGCUAGUAGUUACAAAAAGACACUUUUCACUGAACUGAAACUUGACUGUGCUUACACAGGCCGAGAGAGACGGGGAGGGGAGGAAAAAAAAAAGACAAAAAAGAACUCUAAAGAGGACAAUGUUUCAUAAGUGUUAUAAGCACUGGAUAUAAAUUGUAUUUUUUAACAAUUCUGAUUAAUGUGAAGCUGUUUGACAACAACAAAAAACAAAUGAAUUGACAAAAUCUCCCACCUGGACUCGAGUGGGUCGCCAGAUUUCAGUCCUUUUAUGUGCUUUUUUUUCUUCCUUUUUUUUUUUUUUGAAUGCAAAACAAAACAAAAAAAGACCAGUUUGUUUCAGCUCCACGGCUGCCAACAGAGAGAGACGCGGCACAAGUGCAGAACUGCAGACGUUGUUUCUGUCAUUGUAUUUAUUUUCAGCCACAGCUGGCUCUAAAACUGUCAGUGAAUUAAAAGACAAUCAGAGGAACAAAAAAUAUUUGAUCAGUUGCCACAAAAAAACUUUUGAAUCCACCAUGUCGUUUUCCUUUUUUUUUUCUUUUUCGCGUAUAUAUGGCAAGAAUUUUAUUUGCGUCACCUUUUAUGCCAUCCGUGUCGGAUUAUUUUAACUUUCACAAAUCCUGUACCUCAUGUAGAUACUGAACAGAUCCGGCCUUUAGAAAGACAGACGCAACAUGUUUGUGUCGGUUUGGUCAAUGUUUUAUUGACAACCUGGACACAUAAAGAGCUUCAUGUAUUCGUUUCAUUUAACAGGACAAAAAGAAACUUCAAUUGAGAACCAAACAGACAAACAGUCUGUAGAUUGUGGUCACCAGAGGUCCUCUUAUAUUGCCUUGGUAUUUAGCAUAAAAAAGUAAAAUCUGUACUAUUCAUUCUGACCCCUCUGUUAAAUCUGAACAAUUUAUGAUCAAUAUUUGAACAUUUGAAAUCCAUCAGAAAGCGGAACAAUAACAGGAAUAAAGAGAAAGAGCCUCUUAUAUUUCCAGACGUCAAAGCAAAAUCUGGAUGGAAUGUUGUACAAACAAAUGACAGCGGUUUUGUUGUGAUAAUCUCCCCCCAAACCAAGAAAGGUACUUAAAAGAAGCACUUGAUGAUCACAUGUUUCCAAUCGAGAUACAAUCAAGGUUCGAUGCUGUAAAUCAAUGCUACGGUAAAUUUUUAUAUCAAAGCUGAAGCUAUCAUCCUGAAAAAUGUGCAUUUAUUCGCAUUGAAAGAAGCUGGGUAAACUAAAUUGCUUUUUUUUUUAAAUGAACAUGAUGUUUUUAACAGUUGGGAAUGUGCAUUUAUUUAUUUUCGAUUCUGUCCAUGUGACUUUUCUUGGCGUGUUUGCUCAUGUUUUUAUUGUUCCUGCCAUCUUUAGACACUCACAGGUGUUUUCGGUCAAACCGUUUUUGUUGGAGCAAACAUCUGAAGACAAAAGGCUUCGACGCUGUGUCAAUAUUGACUUACUGUAAUUUAAUUUCUGUCUGAACAUUGUGAUGUAUAUGGUGGGGAUUUCUCUGUGUUAAUUUAAUCAGCACAAUUCAAUGACAUGCUGGACUGACAUGCGAGCUGCUGUUCAGAAGUGUAAAAACGGUCAUUCGAGACAACGUGUCUUUGGUACUUUUGCUUUUCAGAGUUUUUCAAGCAACACUGUGUGAGGCUCCUCUGUCCCUGGAGCCCUGGAUUUUUUUUUUACAUCCCAUUGUUUUCCCCUUUUUUCUGGCAGGUACCUAAGGUCGAGUAUCGUUUGGGUGUUAUUAGAAAAAAAUGAAAUACAUAGUGUUUGUUGCUGCUUCAAAAAAAAAGUUUAUGUCUCAAUAUGUAAAUAGUUUAUCAUAAUAUCUUGUACAGUCCAAUGUAAAGUUUUUAAUUCAACUUUUAAAAGAUGUUGCCAUCACGUUUGUGUUCACAUUCUCUAUACGUUGCAACAGAUCAUUUAUCUGCUAGGAGUAUUAUUGUCUUAAAAUGUUUUUGGUUUAUUUUCUCCCUUAUUUAAUUUAAUUAUUUUUGCUUGGCUUAAAAAGUGUACACCAGGCAGUCUUUGGUUUCCAUGUGCAGUAUUGACGUGAGGUAAACUUAAGGUGAUUAAUUUUACAGUGGUGUGUGUUGAGCGCAAACUCCUCGACUUAGUAUUAAUAUACUAUAAUCUAAUAUUUAAAGAAGAAAAAAACGAGUGCGACACAUCGGGCGUGUCGCUGCGCCAUAGAAGUGUGUAUAUUGUACAAGGUUUAUAUAUCCCCAAAAACUGAUUUCAGACAUAUGUUGAUGUGAUACCAUUCUCUGUAUGUCUCAGUCAACUGUAAAAAUAAUAGGGGCUGAGGAACUUCCUCUUUAUGUUCAUUUACCUCAAGAAUUUCCUCCUUUUCUGUAAAAACAAAAGACAUUGUGUUACAGAAGCUUGUCACAUCACUCCAUCUUUUGUACUGCUGUUGACACUUACAAAUUAA